AUGCAGGCCCUGCAGAUUGGCGCCGUGGUUUGUGCUUUCAUCAGCCUUCUGCUGCUCCUCAUUGCCCUGGGCUCAGACUACUGGCUGGAAAAUGAAGUGAGCAACACUGGCCUCUGGAGAUCUUGUUUUCAUAUUGGACUAGUUGAUACUUGCGGUUCAUAUGGGAUGGAUGUGACAGGUAAGUUUUUUGUCUUCUGCUCAGAGUACUAGUGGUGUAGUAUUCAACCGUAACUUGGGGGGGGGGGACAGUUGACAGUUCCUCAACUCCUUGAAAAUCCAGUGUGACUAGGGAUAACACAUUCACUCCAUGCUUUUUUGGGGGGGGGGAUUAAUGUUUUGAUUCAAGUGCAGUGGGUUCCAGGACAAAAUGGCUUUUUUGGGCAUUUAACCUCCUUCUUCCUUUCUCUUCCUUCCUUCCUGAAAGAUUUCGUCCAUGCUACCCGAGCCUUCAUGUUCUUCGGGAUGAUCGCUGGAGCCAUCUCUUGCAUUGGUCUUUGUGGCACCUUUUUUAGCGUGCAAUUUGGCUCCAUCUCCAAGGCCAAGACCGCAGCCAUAGCCAGCAUUGUUGCAGGUAUUAUGGGGGGUCAUAAGCAUCUGCUUCCAGUCAGUUCAAGCCCCUGAAGCCCCUGAACACAAAGCUGUAGACUGUGCCAAGCUGAAAUGUCCAGCUUGAAUCCAAAUGUUCUUGCUUGAAUCCAAUGAAGUUAUACUCUGAGCAGACCCGCUUAAAUCAAUGAUGGAAGGACCUACCCAAUAGUCCUCUGUCCACCUCCAGGGUUUUGUGAGUUGUGGAGCCACCUACCACAUCUCCACUGGAUAUGUACCGGGGGUGUGGGGUGUGGGGAAGCAGGAUGAUCAGGCCCAAUUCCUGGCUGGUGCUUCAGUCAGGUUGAGCUCUGUGGGCGGUGAGACUGGUUCUAGAUCCAAUGGAUGCUUGGCCCGCUCAGCUCUGCUUUCUCCUUGCCCUGGAAGCACAUCCAAUGGAUAUGUUGCAAGGGCAGAAGCAGGAGCUUCCUGCAGCCAAUCAGAAGCAACGCUUUGGUUUCAGAACUUUUUGGAAUUCAAACGUCUUCCGGAACGGAUUCCUUUCGACUUCCAAGAUACAACUGUAUAGUAUAGUUCUACCACUACUACUACUACUAAGUUAUAUAUUUAUAGGCUUCCCAUCUGACUGGGUUGCUACAGCCACUCUGGGGGGCUUCCAACAAAUGACAACACAGUAAGACAUCAAACAUUAUAAAUAACUAAAAUGUGAAGACAUUUUUUUAAAAAAAAUUACAAAUAAAAAGUAGUUUAAAACAACAAUGCUUAAAUACAAUCAGUUCCACUUGAUCCUUUGUCUCUAUCCCCAUAGCCAUCUGGCAACCAGGGCACAUCUGUCAGCCACUGCAUUUCACUAGCUGCAACUUCCGUGUCAGCCUGGAAUAUUUAAUGUACAAGCAACUUUAUAUCUUAAUGUAUUUUUCUUCCUAGCUGGUUGUGUCCUGAUUGCCAUGGCCACCUUCACAGGGCGUGCGGGAACACAGCACAAUUAUGGAUGGUCUUUUGGCUUGAGCUGGGCCUCCUUUCCUCUCUUCCUUAUAACUGGUGAGUAUGUGUCAAGUGGGAAAUGCUGGAAAUGUGCGUCUUUAUAUAAAGGUUUGCCUUCGCAUGGAGUUGGUAGCUGUUUAUUUCACUACAGAACAGUCUGGGGCUGAGGUACACAUUUAGCAUCAUCACGUGGUCGUGCCCCUGGCAGUGUGCCACUUUGGCUGCUGAUGGAGGCUCAUAUAUUGAUCAGUUUCCUGGUGUGACAUGCUGUGCACACAAUUCCACUAUCAGCAAAAGAGGAAGAGGGUGGAACGUGAAAGAAUUGCCUGGGUGUGCUUCUUUACUGCAAGCAUGGAUUACCUCUGGGUUUUUAGGCCUUGAAAAGCAUUCAGAAAUGUCUUUCUCCCUUCUUACCAAAACUCUGAAGGAAUCAGGUUUCCCCAGAUUCAGCUCAAAGGGCAGGAAAAACAUCUGAAUUAUGCUUGAUGUAAGUGUGUCAGUAGGAUUUCUGGACUACGGAAAUGCAUUUGUGCCAAACUUCAGGAAUUCACUAGCCUUAUUCCUUACAAAUGCUCCCAGAGACUUUGGCUGAGUACAAAUGAUAUUAUAUUCUAGAAUGAAUGGAGACAGACUAUUUAUUUCAUUCACAGACAAUCUGCAUUUAUUUUUUGAUCCCGAAAAGAAUUUCUUGAUAAAUGGGUUUAUAACUAACUAACUAACUAAAUAACUAGCUAAAUCUUGCCCAUCUGGCUGUGUUUCCCCAGCCACUCUGGGCAGCUUCCAACAAAAUAUUAAAAAUACAAUAAAACACAACAUUAAAAACUUCCCUAAACAGGGCUGCCUUCAGAUAUCUUCUAAAAGUCAGAUAGUUGUUUAUUUCCUUGACCUCUGAUGGGAGGUCGUUCCACAGGGCUGGUGCCACAACCUACAAGUAAAAAAGCUCAUUGCAGAUAGGUUUUGCAUUAUCCCACAAUGCAUCUAUUUAAAUACUUAUGAAAACAGAUGGAGGCAUGCCUGGCAAGAAGAGUCCCUUGUAGAAGUCUCAAAAUGAACAAUGUAUUCUGUGGGAGAGAACUGAGCCUGUUAGAAUGGCAGGGCUUUGAGGAUCAGGGCAUGAUUCCCCUGAAGAGAAAGGAAGGUCAUGCUGGGAUCAGUGAUCUGGAUAUCUCAGAUAGUGUUUUAUUGCGUGGACAGGCGGAGUCCCCAGAUCCCGAGCGGUCCCCCCCGUCAUGUGGAAUAAUGACUCAAGACAACGUGCUAUGGGAUUAAAUUGGUCACAACUUUAUUAAAUUUCAAAUGUGGGUAGACCUUGGCUCAGGCAUUGGGCGUUCUCCCUCCCCAGUCCCCAGCCGGGGACCUAGGGAGCAUCAGGGUUAUCCAGUGUGUGUGUGGGGGGGAUGGGCUGGCUCUGGAGAACAUAUGUUCAAGCAGAGAUAGCCGCCCCCGUUACGCCGCCGCCACAGGGGAGAGCAAUGACGACCUUUCGGCGUACGGUCAAAGCCUCCCUUCAGAAACCCCUUUAACGGGGAACCCUGGUAUUGCCGCCGCAAAGAGGAAGAUGGACUAAAAGAUUCCGCUCAAGGCCUGAUACCGCCAAAGUUGUGACGUUUUGCUACGGGAAAGGCGAAACCUGCCAAUGCAGGGAAAUUCCUUUCCGGCCCUUUAACAGCGACCUUAACGUAGCAGCGCCCGCAUACCUCUGAAGAAAAGUUAACCUGCAAAACCUAUGAAGAAAAGUUAACCUGCAAAAGAAGACAUUAACUGAGGGUGGGUAGGGUGGGAGAAGCUCUGGAGCCAAGUGAGGAUUCCCAGGUAAGAUCCUCCCUCUAUUAUGUGUGCAGGUAAUCCCUCCCCUACCUGGCCUGGUCUCCUUGGCAACGCUUCCCCCAGAGAACUGACUGAGGUAGGCGGAGACCUCCAGGUAUCCCACCUGAGGGAAGGCAAAGCCAAGCCUAUGCUGAUGGGGCCGCUCCAGAUCUAGGGCUGCGCGCGUCCACGCAAAGGGCACCCCCACGUUUUAAGCGGGGAGCGGUCAUUCUCUGCUGGCUAUGCCCUCACCAGCCCUUUUUCUCUCCUGGUAGGUGGGCUGGCUUUCCGUGUGAAUCCUGCUGCAACAGAAUGA